AUGGCCAUGCUGGCUCCAAAAUCGUCGUUCCCCGCGGGCUUGGGCUCCAACAGCUCCAACAUGGUCGCCAGUAACAUGUCUCCCGCCUCCGUCGGCCCCUCCAGGAGAGCGCCCACUCUGCCCAAUUCGACUGCCUCUUUCGCCAGCCCGACCGAGUCCGAGUUCUCGGAAAGCGAAGGUCCCGACGCCGUCAAGAAUUGGGACGAGGAGCGUGUCGCCGAGUACCUCAGGAGUGUCAAGUGUGGCGAGUACGAGAAGCUUUUCAGGAAAAACCACAUCAACGGCGAGAAUCUACUUGAGCUCGACAAGAAUGUCCUCAAGGAAAUGGGUAUCGACAAGGUCGGCGACCGCGUACGCCUGUUCCUUGGCAUUAAGAAGCUGAGAACCAAGGCCUACGCAAACCAAAAGAAGAGGAAUAGGGACUCCUUCGGUCUCCUCGACUCCCAGUACAUGGCCUCUGCCAACUCGCCUCGGCCCUCUGGCCCUUCGACGUCGUCCUCCGCCGGCCGUGGCAUGCCCACUCCUCCGAUGAAUAAGCGCUACUCGCGCCAGAUCGACAUGCCCCUACCUCUCGAUACCUCGAAGUCCUCCUCGCGCCCCAGUUCUCCUCUGCCAGGCUCCGAUGCGCGCCAGGCUCGUCAGCGCUACGGCCAGAGCCCCGGCUACAUGAGCAACGCUGGCCCCAAUGCUUCUUCAAGAUCGCCGCACGAGCUGCCCCAGGCUAAUCGAUUGGUAACAUCUCACCAUACCAGGAAUCAGUCCAGUAUGGAUGGCUCACUGAUGGCUGGUUUACCGCAGAAUCAGGAAGUUAUUCGUGUCAUCUCCACCGGAGGCGUGACCAAGGUUGUCAAGAUUGCCGACUGCAACACGUGCGAAGAAGUCAUGCGCGUCACACUACGCAAGUUUGCUCUGCGCGAGGACCACGAGAGGAAUUAUUGCUUUUGGGUCCUUGCUGGCGUUGAUCCCGACCCUAGCCAGUGCCGUCGCCUCGGCGACACCGAACUGUGGCGCAUCAUCAAGGACCAGAAGCGUCCCGAACGAAACCGCCUCAUCCUACGCCGUGUGCCCGCUGGCGAGCCUGGCAUGUCAGAGCUGGAGCGGGCUGCCGGCAUCGCCGUCGAGGAGGCACAGCAGAACCAUGUCCGUGCCCUCGAGUCGGUCGAUAAGAGGAGUCAGCUCAAGGUGCAGAACCUUCUGGGCGAACGCUGGAACGACGAACUCCAGCAUCCUCUCUCGCCCGUUUCCUUCCAGGACCGCGAGCCCGUUUUGAGUGUUGCGAGCAACCUGAGCUUUGCCUCGAGUAUUGCCGACGCUCCGCCCAUUCCCACAAUCGCCGACACAUGGUUGACCGCCUCGGCUCAGGCGGCGAAACCCCUGAACCAGGCAGCCCGCCAAGCAGCCCGCAACACCCAUGCAUACCGCGACUCGGUCACGUCGUCGGUGCUUGACACCCUCCAGGAGGAGUCACCCAUCGAGCCCAACCGCAAGUCUUACGUUUCCUUCGCCGACAGCAAUUCGGAUACUGCGGCGGUGAGCGUCACUGAUCCCGACGGCAACAUCACAAGGAAGAGCUUCUUCGAUGGCGAGUCCACAAUCUCCACGGGCUCCGGGUCUGUGGAGCAGCUCACUCAGGCCCUAAACGAGGAUGGCGAGGACGAAGACGAGGAGCUCCAGAGCUUCCUUGCCGGCGAGUCCUGGUCUGAUGACAAGUGGAUGAAGGGUGCUCUCAUCGGCCAGGGUUCCUUUGGCUCCGUCUAUCUUGCUCUGCACGCCGUCACCGGCGAGCUACUUGCUGUGAAGCAGGUCGAGGCGCCCGCUCCCGGUGCCAACAGCCAGAGCGAUGGCCGCAAGAAGAGCAUGAUCGAAGCUCUCAAGCGCGAGAUCAGUCUGCUCCGUGACCUCCGACACCCCAACAUUGUGCAAUACCUAGGCUGCAGCUCGUCGUCCGAGUUCCUCAACAUUUUCCUUGAGUACGUCCCGGGUGGCUCCGUGCAGACCAUGCUUAACUCGUAUGGUGCUCUGCCCGAGCCACUUGUGCGUAGCUUUGUCCGACAGAUUCUCACUGGUCUCUCGUACCUGCAUAACCGCGACAUUAUUCACCGAGACAUCAAGGGUGCCAACAUCCUCGUCGACAACAAGGGAACCAUCAAGAUUUCUGAUUUCGGUAUCUCCAAGAAGCUCGAGGCAUCCAACAUUCUCAGCGGCGCGAACAACAACAAGCAUCGUCCCUCGCUUCAGGGUUCUGUCUUCUGGAUGGCGCCCGAGGUUGUCAAGCAGACGUCUUAUACUCGCAAGGCGGAUAUUUGGUCUCUCGGCUGCCUUGUCGUCGAGAUGAUGACGGGCUCCCAUCCCUUCCCCGACUGUACCCAGAUGCAGGCUAUCUUCAAGAUUGGCGGCGCCAUGGCUGCGCCUACCAUCCCGGAGCACGCCAGCCCCGAGGCACAGAAGUUCCUCGCCCAGACCUUUGAGAUUGAUUACAACCUUCGCCCAAGCGCCGACGAGCUCAUGCUCAGCCCCUUCCUGGCGCCCAUCACUUGA